CCUUUGUUGGUUGAAUAGAUUUUUGAGUCAUGAAUUCUGGUCGUUGUGCGGCUUGCAGAUAUUUAAGAAGAAGAUGCCCUCCCGAUUGCAUUUUCUCCCCUUAUUUUCCAUCCAAUAAUCCCCAGAGAUUUGCUUCUAUUCACAGAAUCUAUGGCGCCAGCAAUGUUGCAAAAUUACUUCAGCAACUCCCAACCCAUUUGCGAGCUGAAGCAGCAGACUCUUUAUACUUCGAGGCACAAUGUCGUGUCGAAGACCCUGUGUAUGGCUGCGUUGGGCUCAUUUUUCUGCUGCAGCAACAGAUACACAAUGCAGUGAGCCAGCUAGCCAAGACCCAGGCUGAGAUUGCAGUUCUGAAAUCUCAAGCCCAACAUCCCCAAGCUCAACAAGUUGAAGUCGAACCUGAAUUCAACAAUUUCUUGCAACAACAGUUAGACUAUGUUGCCGACCUCAACUUCUCCAAUCAAGGUUCUUCUGGGUUUACGUAGGAUCG